AUACAGCGCUCCAUAUAUUAUCAAUUAGACUUUCUCACGCCCAUAAUCCCCUGAUUGAUUUUUCUUCAUAAUUAGUUGAAUAUUUAGGUGAUAUAUCAUGACAAAAGAACUGCUAUCUUCAUGUAGGUAUGAGUACCGAUGGGCUGAUGGUGUACAGAUAAAGAAGCCCAUAGAAGUGUCAGCACCAAAAUACGUGGAGUACCUAAUGGACUGGAUUGAAGGCCAGCUUGACAAUGAAUCCUUAUUUCCUCAGAAGCUUGGCACACCAUUUCCACCCAACUUCAAGGAUGUUGUAAACACAAUUUUCAAGCGCUUGUUUCGUGUUUAUGCCCACAUAUAUCACUCCCAUUUUCAGAAGAUUGUCAGCCUCAAGGAGGAGGCUCAUCUUAACACCUGCUUCAAGCACUUCAUUCUGUUUACGAACGAAUUUGGGCUGAUUGACAAGAAAGAACUGGCUCCCCUCCAGGAGCUCAUCGAAUCAAUCAUCGUUCCAUACUGAGAAGGAAACACUGAGGCUGAACCGAACUAAACAUGGCCGCUACUGAGUCUUCUACAGGAAUGGUCGAGCGAUUGGGCUAUCUGCGCCAAUAAUUUACUGGCACAAAUCUUCUUGUUCCAUUUCUUUGACAUAAAAACACAAAAACAUGUACAUUACCAGUGAUGUAUUUGUGUGUACAUGUUCAGCAGUUCUCCUGUGCAAACGCGAUUGUACUGCUAUAACAUGCAUGUUUGGGUUCGGUUGUGAUAGUAAUAACAUUGAAAAGGGCAGUUUUAAGAUGACAA